ACAACACCGAACUAUUCACACAGUUGAUCGAGUCCUUGAGUCUCAGUUGUAACCUAGCCGACCUCACGAUCCUUACGCAGUGAAUAGGCACCGGAGCUCAUCUUUAGCCUCUAGCUUCCCCACAUAUUUAAGCGUCACUUCUUACCUUGUUCUCAACCACACCUUCAGAAAGCAUCUUCCAAGAUACCAAGCUUCCUCAUCAACAAAUCAAACUUCCCCUAGCAACCACCAUCAAAAGAAAAACCCUACUCGAGCAUCCACCAUGACGGAGCCAACUACCCCGGAAAUCAACAUCAAGCUCGAAACUCCACCCUACAUGCAGCACGACUACUUCCACCAGCUGCCCGACCACCAGCAGCUGAGUCCCCUGCCGCAUGAGCAGCCGCAGCAGGUGCAGGUGCAGCCGAUCCCGUCCGCGGCGCUGGACCCACUGCUUCUCGGCCCCGCCGCGCAGCCGCUCAGCCCGCCCGCCCAGGAACCCCACCGCGUCCCGCUGAGCUACUGCCAGCUCCACGACCGCGUGCGCUGCACCGUCACCACCGACGGCAAGCGCUGCAAUCGCCAGUUCGACAACGAGGGCCGGCUGCGCGCGCACCACCGCCGGUUGCACGAUAAACUGAUGGACCCGUGCCCGUUCUGCGGACAGCGGUUCCAGGGCCGGUUCUCCUGGGGAUUGCAUAUGGAGAAGGAACAUGGGGUGUUUGUGGCGGAUUGCAAGGUUGAGGAGGGCGACGAGGUGAAGAUCAUACAGUUAGGAGGGGUUGGAGGGGUUCUUCAGUAGGGGGUUGGGGUGUUCCCCGGUAGAAAACGUUGAGGUAUUUCACAGGGCGGCGUUCGAGGCGUUCUCCAGCAGGAGACUAAUGCAUGAUGCAUCCAGGAUUGGUAGAUAGAUACACACCCUGCAGAGGAUUCUAUGG